AUGCACCCCGUAUCCCUCAUUGCCCUCUUCGCCGCCAGCGCCUCGGCCUCGGUCACGCCCCGUCAAUCCGCCGUCAACCAGAAUGUCAUUCCCAAGUCCUUCGGAGUGACAGCCGGCGAGGGCAAGGACCAAGUCCAGGUUGGCAGCUGCACCGGUGCCAACAACAAGCUCAUCCCCUGCUUUUGCCCUCCCGCUCCCGACAGCCCCGAGUUCCUCUCCAAGCUCUCCAAGGCCCUGACCGAUGGCUUCAUCUUCAGCAAGGAGCAGGUCGCCUUGCCCAUCACGCUGGAUAAGUUUAACGACGACUCGGACACGUCGGUCGAGACCACCAAGCUCCGCGCCACCGCCAUGAUCCAGGUCAUGCAAAACUUCAACAUGACGACUCAGGGCGUCGGCUGCCCGGGCGUGGCUGUCCCGGCCCUCGGAAAGAUGCAGCAGACUGGUAUCCUGGCUCGUGGGCUCAGCGGGCUCGGAAACAAUGGCAACUAA